GCAGCGACGCCAGUGGCGGGGAAGAGGAGGACGGCGAAGAAGGAGGAGGAAGAGACCCGCGCGUCGUCGUCGUCUCCCCGCCCCUCCUCACGUGGCCAUAUUGGCGUGUGCUGGUGGUGGUGGCGGGCGUCUCCGCUCACAUGACCCCGUGUUGUGUCCGCGUGAUCAACGCCGCGAGGAGGAACGCGAUUCAAAAGCCCGGCCCGGGCCCGGGCCGCAGCCGCCGCGGGACGGGGCUGCCGCUAACAACAACAACAACACCGCCUCCUCUGCUGCUGCUGCCUCCUCUUAUCUCGCCUGCCUCUGUGUCCUUCUCCUCCUCCUUCUUCUUCUUCCCCUCUUCCAAGCCAUCUCCGCCACCCUCUUGCCGAGCUUGAUGUGGCAGAGGCGCGUGGUUUGUGCGUUGAGCCCGAUCUGGCACUCUUGUUUUACCGCUCGUCGCAUGGCUUCCAGCUGACCUGCCUUGACGGGAUUACAUUUGGGCUGAGAUAAUUUAGCCGGUGACCUAAUUUAGUUGCCGGCCUCGUUUCGUUAGUGACGUUUGAGCUUUGCUGUCUGACCCCCCCCCCCCCGCUCUCUCUCCUGUUAACCUUGCUCUGUUCAACAACAGUCUGACCCUGUAAAUUCACCCUUGCCCACAGCUACUUUACCCCCUGGCUAACCUCAACCCCAAACCUUUAAGCUCUAUUAAUUUACCCGACUGUAAAACCCCAUCCCCGUUCUUCGCCGUCCUUUAAAACGCCGAAGUUGCCCGACCCCGACUCGGGCCUUGCCCGACCCCGACUCGACUACCCGCCGGCGCCUUCUCCGAACCCGCCCCAGGGGUCACAUUCGUCGCGACCCGCAUCGUCACCUCGACACGGACCUCGGGAGUGCGUCCCUCUGGGCCCUCCUGCCAGCAGGGCCCAGCCCGCAGCACCGGCCUCGCCUAGACGCCCUACCCGGCACACGUGGCUGCGUGCCCGGCUUGUCUACCCCCUACCCUUACCCCCCUCUCCCGACCAUAAAAACUCCUCCAACCCUCCCUUAGCCGACCCUAACCACCGGGCCCGGCUCGGCCCGGGCCCUUCUCACUCCUCUUCAAAGUUGAUACUUGCCGGGACUACCGGAGCCGCAUGGAGAUGUUGGAGCAAGGCAUGGAGGCGAGCGGCGUUAGGGGAUGCUGGCUGAAUAUGAACUGUCAGGAUUGACAAAUCUGGGUUCCACAGGAAGUGACCAACGUUGAAUACACCCGGCCAUAACUUGAAGCGUUACUCUUGCCAUUAUUUCUCUCCUUUUUAUUAUGUUUUAAUUUAAAUUGCCCGUAUUUCUCUAUAAUUUCCACUGACUUGGCGCGUUGAGCUAUUGGUCAGGACAAAAGUCACGACGGAGACGAAGGAUCUUUGCAAAUGCAGGAGGGAGACGGAUCGGGCGCCGACGAUCAUACGGCUGUGGCGAUCGCGAGUGUGCAGCAGGCCACUGCGUUCAACGACCCCAGUAUACAGUACCAGUUCCGCACUGAGAGCAGCGAUGGCCAGGUGACGUACCGGGUGGUACAGGUAGACAGCCAAGGGGAGGGCCAGACGACGGCCGUGAUCCAGAGUCCCUUCGGUGGAGCCGGCAGCCCAGCCUCCGAUGGCCAAUUCUACGUGAUGAUGGCACCGCAGGAUGUUCUGCAGGGAGGGGCUCAAAGACCCAUCGCUCCCCGUACUCACCCAUACACCCCGAAGCUCGAGGGGCCACGCACACCCAGGGAUGAGCGGCGGCGAGCGCAACACAACGAAGUGGAGAGGCGAAGAAGAGACAAAAUUAAUAACUGGAUCGUAGAACUUUCCAAGUACAUCCCUGAUUGCGCCAAUGACCACACGAAGUCCGUACAGAGCAAGGGUGGAGUCCUGUCAAAGGCGUGCGAGUACAUACAAGAGCUGCGGCAGACGAACCAGCGCAUGGAGGAGGAGCUCAAGGAGGCUGAGAGGACUCAGUUGGAGCACGAGCUGCUGAUGCAACAGUUCGAGGAGCUGAAGAAUGAGAGCGCCUUGCUACGAACUCAGCUGCAGCAGCACGGCAUCGAGGUGGUGGGCUCUGUGCCAGGGCAGUGAUGCCCACAGCCAGCCCAGCCUGCGGUCCAUCCAGUCGCAUCCCGUGGGCCUGCCCUGCGGAAGCAGCAUAGGAGAAAGCGCAAGCUGCCCCCUGAAUUGUUCGACAGCUCAAGGGGAAGACUUUCUUUCUUGCGCCACUUGUCCUCUAACUCAGGCGAGGGCUCUUUGGGCCUUGCUGUUGGACGACGAAUGUCCAGAACGUCCCAACACCAUUCUUCCUCUGCAUCGUCGUAUUCUGCCAUGCUGCGACGCAAUUUAACGUGGAUAUCCUUAAAACGUUUUUAUGAGUUCUUUUAUUUUCAAAGAUUUCAUUUAAAGAUGUGAAGGGUUCAGCGGAUGGUGGUGGUUCAGAGACGCAAGCAUUUGUUGGGGCAAUCCUGUGCACUGACGGUGAUGGGUGGAGGCUGGUAAUUAUAUAAUGAAAUUUUUUAAAGUAGCCUGUAUUUUUUGCUUUAUUGUGGAAUAUUUUAAGUCCAUAUCUGUUUAAGAUGUGUUUAUUUUUUCUUUUAUAUUGUAAAAGUAGUUUCCAGUCACGCUUGGAAUUAUUAAUGACCUUUCACACUCGUACAUUAAUUUCAUUUUCUCCGUUGAAUAUAAUAUGUAGUCUCGUCUUACUUCAGGUUUAUUUACGAGAUUAGCCCAGUUGGCUACGUACGGUGCGAAAUAAGUUCGACAUACAUAACACAUGUGCAUUUCGCACUUUGUAUUAACUGAGCGUGGUUGUGUACAAAGGAUUGACAAAUGCCUUUUUUCCUUCUGAAGGAUGUAUGCUUGCAUGCCCUGCGUUUGCUAAAACAAAUUACACUUAUUCCAUGUUCAAUUAGCAUUGCUUUAAUAAAAUAAAAAAUAUAUAAUACUUUUUGAA